UGAUCACAAAAUCUUUUCGUUCUUCGAUUUGCUUGCUAAAAAUUUGUUUAACUGCAGCGCCUGGAUUUUGAUUUUUUUGCUGGUUCGUAUGAGUUCGAUUAAGUACCAAAUAUUGCGGUGACAUUUUAAGCCGAGAGACAAUCUGCUGGAAUUUCCCGGGCAAGCUGGUGUAAAUCACUAAUAUUCCGAGAAUCAUGGCCUUCGACCCUGAAACGGCUGAAAAAAUCCAUAACGCGAAGAUAUUCAUGGUCGGCGCUGGUGGUAUUGGCUGCGAAUUGCUGAAGAACUUGCUUCUGACCGGUUUUCGCAACGUAGAAUUGAUUGACUUGGACACGAUCGAAGUGAGCAACCUGAACAGACAGUUCCUUUUCCGCAGCGAGCAUGUGGGCAAACCCAAAGCAGAGGUCGCUGCCACAAGUGCUCUUGAAAUGUGUCCAGAAGCCAAAAUUACCUGGCAUCACGACAGCAUCAUGAAGCCUCGCUUUAAUGUGAAGUUCUUCUCCCAGUUUGAUAUCGUGAUGAACGCUUUGGAUAAUGUUACUGCUCGCAGUCAUGUUAACCGGAUGUGUCUGGCUGCCAACGUUCCGUUGAUUGAGAGCGGGAGUUCGGGAUAUUUGGGCAACUGCCGCGUCAUUAUUAAGGGCAAGACCGAAUGUUUCGAUUGCGUUCCGCCAGUACCCCAAAAAACGUUUCCGGGCUGCACAAUUCGCAACACACCCAGCGAGCCUAUCCACUGCAUUGUAUGGGCUAAACACCUUUUUAAUCAGUUAUUUGGUGAAGCCGAUCCAGAUCAAGAUGUUUCUCCGGAUACGGCUGAUCCCGAAGUGCACACUGCUCAUGCUGCGAACGGUUUUGGAGAUACCGCAAAUGGUAGCAAUGGAGAGAAUGUUCAGCAUAAAUCUGUGUCGACCCGAAGUAUUGCCGAAGCGUGUGGCUACAAUCCCAUUGAACUUUUUCAAAAACUAUUCAACGUGGAUAUAAAAUACCUGCUAAGCAUGGAUAAGUUGUGGGAAGGUCGACGGAAGGCACCAGUGCCGUUGAAUAUCCACGAAUUGCUUAAGCACGCCGAAAAUUUACCGUCCGUAAGCGCGGUAGAAGGGCAGCAUGAAGACAAGCAAGUAUGGUCGAUGAAGGAGAACGCCCAGGUCUUCAUGAAAUCGGUUAAUGCACUGAAGGCAACAUUGAAGCAACUGGAAACUUUGGUCUGGGAUAAAGACGACGAAAAUUCUAUGGACUUCGUCACUGCCUGUGCUAAUUUACGAGCGCAUUGUUUUGGAAUAGCUGUGUUGUCGCGUUUUGAUAUCAAACAGAUGGCGGGAAAUAUUAUUCCCGCCAUAGCGUCCACGAAUGCGAUGGUGGCGGGAUUUAUUAUUUUUAAUGCAAUUAAGCUGCUUCAGGCUAAGUCAGAUGAAUGCCGUGUGGUGAUUAACAAGGUUUUCCGAGAUGUUGUGCCGGCUGUUAAUCCCAAACGACGCGAUAAGAUUGUGAAUCCAACACGAUUGCAGGAACCGGUUAAGGGUUGUUUGUCUUGCGCUGACCACGUGGAAAUCGGCAUCGCCGUGAAUGUGAAAAUUAUGACUAUCAAGGAAUUUCAGGACACGAUAUUGAAGGGAUAUUUGAAGAUGACAGCUCCGGAUGUCGAGCUGGACGAUUCCUCGGGCAGAAUCAUCAUUUCCAGCGAAGACGAAGGCUUAAAAAACAGGGACAAACCACUGAACUUUUUCGGCGUAGAAGAUGGAACGAGACUGAAUUGCGAAGAUUUUCUGCAGGAAUAUGAAAUUAAAGUCACUAUUAGUCACGUUGAGGAAUUACCGGAUGGAAAGCUUUUCGUUGUCACCGGAGAUCUCAAACAGAUGGAAGAAGUACAACAGCAGGCGAUUGCUGAGCCGCAGCUUGGCAAGCGCAAGGCCGAUAAUCAGAUGAUCAAUUCAAAUAAAAAAUUGGGAAUGGGGGUUCAGUCGCCGGAAGAAAUGGAAGUUAUCGACUGAAUAGUGUUCUUCUUGUGCGAAUUUUAUAAAUUUUUGUCGCUGGAUGAUCUCAGAUAUGAAUUUUUGUCGAUCUUGAGAACAUAAUUGUGGGUUUUAAUUUUCCUGAAGCCUUUUUUCUGGCACUGUAGUAUAGCUGAAUAUUUUUUAGCAGUUCGUUUGGUAUUCUGUUUGCCAAUUGGCGAUGUACGUAUUAAGGUUGGCACAUUGCAGGGUAGGUUGGUUCUUUUGCGUUCGCCUUCCUUUUCUUGACAUAGAGCUUUAGUGCGUAUUCAAUAAAUUUGCAUU